AUGAUGGAGCGAGCUGUAAGGGAAUUCAAGGCCCUUCGUCGGCCAAAGACGACGCCGACAGGCCUUGACAACAAUUGGGUUUUUGGUGUCCGCCACGUCGACCUCAACCCGCCUGGAGAUUUAGUCCUCGCUGUCCAUCCCAUCAGCAGCUACCUGUUGCAGGCUGGCCCGGCGCAGAUCCUCUCGCAGCCCACCGCGCGUGACAGAGCCAAGGCCGUCGUGCCUCUCCUCCUUCAGGCCUUUUCCAAUGGCCGUCCAGGCACUGACUUGCCCACCUUUGCGCCCUGGAGCUGGUCCACGGACAGCCCCGAGCUGGCCGCUACUAUCGGACCGGAGCUGGCUGCUGCAGGAAUUGCGGGUGGCCUUCAGAAAGUGACCGUUUGCUCCGCUGCGGACAAAGCGAUACUCGACGAGGCGUGGUCGGAUGUCAAGGAUCUCUUGACACGCAUGACGCGCGGUGAGGGUGCUCCCGACGCACAGACCUCGGGCUCUGCCAACCGUACCCCGGCCGCUGUGUCGCCCGGAGAUGCGUCCAGGUGCCACGGCUGCGGCCUCAGCUCCGACCGUUUCACGGAGCCGAUGAAGAAGUGCUCUGCGUGCCUCAAGGCCUGGUAUCACUCCCAAGACUGCCAACGCGCGCACUGGAAGCAGCACAAGCCAACCUGUCUCGCCAACCGCCCGGCCGCGCAGGCGGCCCCGGCCCCGGCCCCGUCGACGACUACGAGGCCCGGAAUGGACCCCUCAUUCAACUAUUACAACAAUGUGGCGCGGAAAUCUCCGGACGGGCAGUCGUUGCUGCGCUCUCUACAUGUCGAUCCCAUUACGACUAAUGGUGGACUUGAGUUGCCGCUUCGGCGUCUCAUCGUGGCUGGCAAGGACACCCCGGAAAACAUGCGCAUCCUCUUCGGGCCGACUUUUCUCAGUGAUAUGAAGGGGGACCAGGCGAGACUUCGAAUUGAGGUUCUCCUGGAUCCCCCUCGCGGCUCCCCAAUGUAUGCACAGCAAGCGUAUGAUGACGCCGGGUCGGAGGCCCUCGUCCGUUCGGUGCGACCGCCGAGCCAGGCGGAGGAGAAGACGUUGAGGGAAGUGAGGGAGAUUCAGGAGAAGGUUAAGCAGAAGGUCGGGGUCGGACGAUCGCCUGAUUCGGGCGUCAUGAAAGACGUACUGACGUCCUUUGGGCCGAAUUGGCCACAGAAGAUGCAGCUAUACAUGCUUGCAGUCAAUACCAUGGACCAAGGAGUCCACCGCUGA